AUGCGGCCACCAGAGGAGGAAUUACCUUUCUCCCUGGACAGAUCACCCCUCCGGGCCAUGGCUGAGCUGGUUCUCUUUGUCUUGUCCCUGGAGAAGCCUCCUCUCCCCAGACAGGCCACACCCAACAUCCAGAGGCCUCCCAGGACCCCCAUCCUCCUGGAGAAACCAAUUCAGUUGCCCCCCACUUUCCUCCAGGAUAGAAAAGGGGAGUCCUCUGCCUGGAAAACCCAGAGCCAAGAUCCAAGCCUACAGUCCGGCUUAGAGCCCCAGUCACUGGCGGGGCCGUGCCAUGAUGCAGGAGUGACUCAAGAGCCCCCGAGAGUUUCCCCUGAUAACCUGGGAAAUAGCAGUAGGGACAGCAGUGUGACGAGCUCGCGACACUGCAGCCUGGAGAAAUGCAGUAACAUCAGCCGGUUGAGCAGCGGGUACGAGGGGGACGAGGAGAACAGUAAGGUCAGCUUGGAUGGCAGCCGUCGAUUCAUGCGGCUGAAGAGGAGGCUCAACACCCAGGCAGGCGGCGCCCAGACCAGCCAGCUGUGCGCCACCUUCUCUCCCAGCCAGUUCCAGAGCCAGCGGGCCAGCAAGGCUGACGACACCCUGCAGACUGGAGGGGAAAAGUGAGACCAGCCUGCCCAGCAGCUGCGUGGACAGCAGGGCCAGCAGCCUGACUGGCAUCAGCUUCAUCAGCCUGGGCAGCAGCGCUCUGACCUACCAGGUGAGCAGCGGGCUGGUCAGCUCCGUGGGCAGCCUGCCCUCCAGCCAGCCCAGCAGCUGCCAGAGCAUCAAGGUGGACGGCAACGUGCAAAGUGGGCUGAAGAGCAAUACCAGUCUUCAGGAGGAUGAGGCUGGGGGCAAUGUGAAAGCCAGCGACCAGGUCACCAAGGGUGAGCCGCCUGCCCAGAUACACGUGCCUUUAUGAGAAGACUCACCGGCCACCAAGCCCUCGAAAAAUGCAGAUGUGAGGACCCAGCAAACCCAGACUUCACCAGGAGUGGUUUGUGCCAAAACAAUUAGGAAAGGCCUUUAAAAGUACACACUGUCAGAAACCAUCAAUGG